AUGGGCCGUGCUCCAAAGUUCGAAAGACUACAAUUUCAAGACAUCGGUUUGCCCAAGCAGAACAACCGGCAGCAGCUUGUUUGUAAGCAUUGCUUGGCAGCUUACAAUAGGCAAGACCUGCAAGAAGCUCCAAAGGUUGUAGCUGCGCGUUUAACUACCUUUAAGACCCACCUUAAGUCCUGUACAUUUUACCUAGAGGCUGUCAAGAGUGGCCAGGUACAGCCUCCUCAAGCUACCCAAGUUUCACACAGUGUGAUUAACGGUUUCGAGCGCCAAGUGGACCAAGAAAAUCAACGAGAAGUAGCAUCCUCGGCUAGUUCCGACAAGCGCCAGCGCUUCAUUCGGGAAUACUUUGACAAUGUAUUCACGGAAGACAAACAUGAAGAAUUCGAGCGUCUUCUUAUCCAGUUUCAAGCCGACAACUGCCUGCCCGAUCGAUUUAUUGAGAAAGGAUCUACUGUACGUCUUUUUACUUUUCUGAAUAGAGCCUGUACUACUGCUCUACCGAAGAGAAAAGAAAUGGGGAAGAUUUUGGACAAGUACAGCCAAGUCGAAGAAGAAGAGCAGCAUGUUGCUCUGAGAAACCGAAUGGAGUUCAGUGGUGGACGCGUGAACUUUUUGUCGGAUGUUUGGCAAAACGUUGCUAAAAUGCACUUACUUGGGUGCAUGUUAGCUUUAUUUGGUACUAUCUUGACUUUUGGCCUAUUUAAGACUGGGCCAAGGCAUGAUGGUGUUGCGAUCGUUGAGCAAAUGGAAAAUGUGAUGGAGAACGUAACUGAAAAAGGCUGGGAAAUCGGUGCUGUUGUAAGUGAUGAUGCCGGUCAAUGUUGGCGCGCCGCAUUCUAG